AGCCAAACACGUUAUUGUCUUUGAAAAAAACCUUUGUGAAUUAGUUGAAAAAUUGAAAGAAUUUGUUUAUCUUGAUAUUUAUGGACAUAUUAAUCGUGAAAAAAUCGAACCUUAUCGUACUAUGGUUCGGACGCGUUUUCCCAAUAGUCGACUUUACAUCGAUAUAUCAAGAUUUCGUCUUUGGUUUUGA